AAGCAGACUGAGCAUGCGCAGUCGCCAUUGUUCACACUAUAACGUUAGAUUAGCCGAGUACCGUCAAUCUCUCCUCAAACGAGAAUCUGUUUAUUAAGGAACACACCGUUUGUGAUUUUAAGUCAAAGUUACGUCAAACUAGUGAUAACUGCUCGCGUGUGAGUGAUUAAGUGAAGAUAAUGACGGAUCAGAGGAGUGGAUAUCAGCAGUUGAAUACAGAGGAGUCGUCGUCUGUGGAGGUGUUUGAAGAAGCCUCUGACGCACCUCCUCCGUACAGCAGCAUCACAGCGAGUGACGCAGCUUUCUUUGAGUAUAAGGAGGACGAGGUUUACCCCAAACCUCCGUCGUACAAUGUUGCCACGUCACUGCCGUCAUACGACGAGGCCGAGAGGAGCAAAGCGGAGGCCAGCGUUCCUCUCGUCACUGACAGGGAUGAGGACUUCAUUGCCAGAGACAGCUUCGAAGAUACGGAUCAACUGCGAGUUGGGAACGAUGGGAUAUUCAUGCUUACGUUUUUCAUGGCGUUCCUCUUUAACUGGAUUGGCUUCUUCCUGUCCUUCUGUCUGACCACGUCUGCGGCGGGACGCUAUGGAGCCAUCUCUGGGUUUGGACUGUCUCUGGUCAAGUGGGUCCUGAUUGUCAGGUUUUCUACCUACUUCCCUGGAUAUUUUGAUGGCCAGUACUGGCUGUGGUGGGUUUUCCUGGUUGUAGGAUUCCUGCUGUUCUUCCGGGGAUUUGUUAACUAUUCCAGAGUGCGCAACAUGGCAGAUCACUCCAUGUCUACUCUUCCUCGAACCCGGAGUUCUUUUUAUCUAUUAGGACAUAAACAACAAAAGUGCAAAGAACACGUCUGCUUCAGACGCCCUUGUUGUUUGCAUAAUGCAACUAAUUACAUUGCAUUUUUUACUUUUAAAGCUUUCCAGUUCCUCCAACCAUUAAUCAGUGCUUAA